GUGCUCUUGAAAGAUAAAAAAAAAGAACAAGAAGAAAAGGAAAGAGGAAGAUCUUAGCAUCAUAUUUAAAAUAAUUAGUAUAUGAUAGCGGUAGAAUCUACGCCGUAGAUGUACUACGCCAUCCACUGUUUACACUGUUAUGCUAAAUAACCAUCCGUAUGAAAGAUAAUUGUUAGUGCCAUACGUUGUAUUAUUUUUCACGUCAGAGGAGAAAUUUUGAAAAAUAAUCCUUUCGCACAUACUGGUCCGAUAAGUGCUUUAGUUUAACGACAAUGAGUUCUAUAGCGAAGAAACCCUGUCCUUAUAUGGAGAAAUGUUACCGGAAAAAUCCGAUUCACUUCAGCGAUAUGUCACAUCCUCAUUUGGAGAAAUUACUGGCAAAUCGACUCGACGAUGCAAUAGAAAUACCAGCGGUUCUUCACUUUACGUGUAAUGAUCGCGCACAAUUAUUGGAUCAAUUAAAAGUAUUGCAGAUGGUGCUUAGGAAAGAAAGAGAUAAGAAUGUAGGCAAUUCCUUGUCCAUGCCUAGUAAUUCAUCCUCUCAAUCUCCCACUACAUCAGAUACUAAAAACGAUCUGAAGGAAAAAGCCGAGAAACACAACAAAAUGAUGGAACAGCGGAGGCAGGAUAAGCUUGGACAGAUGGAUGCAGAAGCAGAGGCACUUUUCACAGCCAAGGAGGAAGGUGAAAGUUCAAAAAGGAAAAGGAAUCAGGAACUAUCUACAUCUGACGCCUCUGUAACGAAGAAAAUCAAACAACUGAGCAUAGAGAAGGGUAAUUAUUCUCAGGGAAGUCAGUGGAGUGCCAGUGCUUCUCAGAGCAGUUCUACGAGCGCCGAACGAGACGCGAGUUACGCUGCAACGGGAACGUCCAUCAUGGACAUGUAUCAAGCUUGCGACUCUGAGAAGUCCAGGAGGGACGUCAGACAGAAAGCUAUUCAGAUGAUGAGACGUUCCGGAUACGUGGUGUCUGUCGCGGAACCAGGAGAAUUUGCAGUGAAAUAUGCUCUUUCAGCACCCUACCAUCUGUUCUUCACGAGAGUGGAGAGAUCGAAGGAGACUUACGGUCAACAGUUCUCCAUAACUUUUCCUGAGAUCCUUGACAGAAGUCUCGGCGAGAUUGUCAACAGUCUUCACUUGAACUUCAUGGUGGACGCCGGGUGGCUGUGCCUGCAGUACUUGUUGGCUGGCCAACGCACCGACAUGAUGAUUCUGUAUGCUGAUAGAGUGGACGAGGAGAAAUUAAGCCGCAACAUCACCAUGAUACACGUGGAAAUGCCAAGUAGAUACGGAUGCCAUCAUACCAAGAUCAUGAUCUUGCAAUACAAAGAUGAUGGAAUCAGAGUGGUUGUCUCCACUGCCAAUUUGUACUCCGAUGACUGGGAGAAUAGAACGCAAGGACUGUGGAUCUCGCCUCACCUACCUCUGCUACCAGAGUCCGCGAAUUCCACCGACGGGGAGUCACCGACCGGCUUCAAGAAGGAUCUCGAGCGAUAUCUCAGCAAAUACAGACAUCCGGCUUUAACGCAGUGGGUAUGGGCGGUGCGAAAAGCGGACUUCUCUGCUGUGAAUGUAUUCCUAAUCGCGUCCGUACCUGGAACCCAUAAAGAUGUUGAGGCCGAUUUUUGGGGUCAUAGAAGAUUGGCGUACGUCCUAUCGCGCCACGCCACUUUGCCACCGGACGCUCCUCAGUGGCCCAUAGUCGCACAAAGUUCCAGCAUAGGAAGCCUUGGUCCCAACUAUGACAGUUGGUUGUCGAAAGAGAUAAUUCCGUCCAUGUCGAGGGAGACGACUAAGGGCUUAAAGAGCCAGCCCAACUUCCAAUUUAUUUACCCGUCGAUAGAGAAUUACAAGCAGAGCUUCGAUUGCCGCAAUCUGUCUUGUUGCUUGCCCUACAGUGCUCAAGUGCACUCGAAACAGGAAUGGAUAGAAUCCUAUUUAUACCAGUGGAGAGCCACGCGGACGGGACGAGACCGUGCGAUGCCUCAUAUUAAGUCGUACACAAGAAUUUCGCCUGAUUUGAAGAGCAUACCGUGGUUCGUCCUCACCAGUGCUAAUCUGAGCAAAGCCGCGUGGGGAGUUCAACGAAACAACCAUUACGUAAUGAGCUACGAAGCCGGCGUCGUAUUCAUACCGAAGUUCAUCACCGGGGCAACGACAUUUCCUAUUCAAGACGAAGAUGAUCCAGCUGUUCCGGUAUUUCCCAUUUCAUAUGAUCUGCCAUUGAGCCGAUACGGUUCGAGUGAUAAACCUUUCGUCAGUGAAUUUCUUAGAACUAGAUUGUAAUCUUCCAGCUGAUGAAAAUGAUUUUUUUACCUCUUUUGUAUACUUAGAAUAUGUUUAAUAAAAAGAUGUACAAAAUGUUCUUAAGCAAAUGCGUAUAUGUAUAUGUAUUUAUGCACAUGUAUUUUUCAAUUAUAUUUUUUGCGACAUUAAGGAAUAAUAAACAGCAGUAUUUUACUUG